UGCAUGGUUGCUCCCAAAGGAGUGACACAAUCCUAGCCGAAUUUGACAUGUUUUAGUCUCCACUUUUUGAGUUUUUAUCAUAUUUCUUGGGGCAGUUUUUGCUGCCAAGAUGCACGACGCUUACGAAUCAGCACCCAUUCUUGAGAAGCUGCCUCUCCAGAUCGAAUCUAUCGCCUGUUGGGCUGAUAAAUUACUAGUCGGCACUAAGCAGGGGCAUCUGCUACUUUACAGUAUCAAGACAGAGUCAGGUUCAACAAGAUAUGAAGUCAGCUUGGAAAGGUCCAACAAGUCUUUCUCCAAGAAACCAAUAGUUCAGCUGCGUGUGGUUUCUGAGCUGAAGAUUUUGAUCAGUUUAUCGGACAAUGUAGUGAGUGUACACGACAUCACCACCUUCCAAUGUAUCACCACCAUCCAGAAGACCAGAGGAGCCACUCUAUUCUCUACAGAUCUACAGCAACACAAGUCCCUGAGUGGAGACUUGUCACAUACAUUGAGGAUGGCGGUCGCUGUGAAAAGGAAAAUACAGAACUACUACUGGAAGAACAGGGACUUUCACGAGCUUACACCUGACAUGGCAGUGCCUGAUGUAGCCAAGUCCAUGGCCUGGUGUAAGGACUCGGUCUGUGUGGGCUUCAAAAGGGACUACUUCCUCAUUAAGGUGGAUGGUAGUGGGACACUGAAGGAACUGUUUCCCACUGGAAAACAGCUGGAACCGCUGGUGACCAGGCUGUCAGAGGACCGGCUGGCGCUGGGCCGGGAUGACAUGACCAUCUUCAUCGACUCGGAGGGUCAGCCCACGCAGAAGUACGCCCUGACAUGGUCCGACAUCCCCGUCAUUUUAGAUCAUGAGCCACCCUACAUCAUUGCAGUACUUCCCAGACACAUAGAAGUACGAACUGUUGAGCCCAGACUCCUGGUGCAGACCAUGGAGUUACCCAGCAGGCCCAGGUUCAUCUGCAGUGGAAGUGGCCAUGUGUAUGUGGCCUCUCAGAACUAUGUGUGGAAGAUGGUUCCAGUCCCCAUCACAGCUCAGAUCAAACAACUCUUACAGGACAAGCAGUUUGAACUGGCUCUGCAUCUGGCAAACAUGACAGAUGAAGUGGAGGCUGACAAACAGCAGAACAUCCACCACAUCCAGAACCUGUAUGCCUUCGACCUCUUCUCACAGAGGAGGUUCGACGAGUCCCUCAAGAUCUUCUCCAAGCUGGAUACAGACCCAGCCCAGGUGAUCGGCCUGUACCCUGACCUCCUGCCCCAUGACUUCCGGGCACAGCUGGCCUACCCCUCCAGCCCCCCCGACCUGGCCGGGUCAGAACUGGAGAAGGGACUUCUCGCUCUCAUUGACUAUCUCACACAGAAGAGAAAUGACCUGAUGAAAUACAUGAGUCAGGAACUGGGCAACCCAACUGCCAUUGUGGAAGGCAGUCAGACAGAAGAAGAUAUCUUAUCAGGAAGCUCAACAAUCCGUUCCAAGAAGCAACUCAGUCAGAUUAUUGAUACCACAUUGAUGAAGUGUUAUCUUCAGACCAAUGAUGCCCUGGUAGCCCCCUUACUCAGACUGAAAGACAAUAACUGUCAUGUGGAAGAAAGUGAGAGAGUCCUCAAGAAACACCAGAAGUACAGCGAACUCAUCAUACUGUAUGAAAAGAAGGGACUCCACAGAAAAGCCUUGGACUUGUUACUGAGGCAGUCUGGGAAGCCCAACUCCCCACUGAAGGGACAUGACAGAACUGUGCAAUAUCUACAGAGACUAGGUCCCAACCACUUGGAAUUGAUAUUUGAUUUUGCCCUGUGGGUUUUGAAGGCCCACCCUGAAGAUGGGCUAAAGAUUUUCACAGAAGACAUGCCAGAGGUUGAGGCACUUCCCAGGGACAAGAUACUGAAGUAUCUUGAAGAAAAUGUCAAGGAUCUUGCCAUUCCAUACUUGGAACACAUCAUUUUAAACUGCGAGGAUCGAACACCAGAGUUCCACAACAAGCUGGUGAACCUGUACAGAGAAAAGGUGCAGGGACAGCUGAAGGAAUACAUCGAUUCACUACCAGAAGGCCAGCUGCCGUCCCCAGCCGGUAGAGAGCCGGGUGAGCUGGGAGAAAUCCGCUCCAAGCUGCUGUACUUUCUGGAGACGUCCCUGGACUACGUCCCCGAGAAACUUCUGACUUAUUUCCCGUUUGAUGGGUUUUUUGAGGAGCGGGCUCUCCUAUUGGGUAGACUGGGUCGACAUGAACAGGCCAUAGCCAUCUACACACACGUACUCACCGACAACUGGAUGGCACUGGAGUACUGUGCAAGGAAUUAUGACAGACACAAAGAGGGCAAUAAGGAUGUUUAUGUGUAUUUACUGAGGAUGUACCUGAGUCCACCCGACCCACACAACCUGGGGGUCAUGUCUGGAGCGGUCAACCCCCAGCCCAAUGUCCAGGCUGCACUGGACAUCCUGAUGGAGCAUUCCAGCAAGAUCGACACUGCAAAGGCGUUGGCCAUGCUGCCCUCGGGUACUCAGAUUAAAGACAUCUGCAGUUUUCUGGAGAACGUUCUUGAGGAGAAGGCCAUGCAGAAGAGAAACAUGCAGGUGCUGAAGAGUCUACUGUAUGCCGAACACUUACAGGUCCAAGAACAGCGGAUGUUCUACCAGAGCAGCAAGUGUAUCAUCACGGAGGAGAAGAUGUGCAGAGUCUGCAAGAAGAAAAUUGGAAACAGUGCUUUUGCCAGGUAUCCCAACGGGGUGAUCGUGCACUACUUCUGCUGUAAAGACAGAAACGUCUGCCCUGUAGACAGCUAGCGCCGACACUGGCAUGGAGGAAAAGUAUGACUUGACAUGUUCAAAUACAUUCAAGGAAUCAUUUAUGAACAGUGUACAAAGUAAGGUUGAAGUUUAUGAUAUCAUUCGCAAGCUUAGACUCAUUUUCAUGCAAUGUAUAUAAAAAUUUAAUGUUAACCGCUUAUAAGAACUUGUAUUCUUAGAAUGUUGGACCUUUAAUUGCAUUCUAAGGAUGAACAUGCUUACCAAUAUUUUAGAGAUUGCUGCAGACCAAACUAAGGCCGAAAAAAGUUAGUUGUGUGCAAAAUUUGUCAUAUUUGUCAUUAGUUGCCAGUAUACAUGUGAAAUGUGUAAGGCAAGACACGUCUACUUCUUUAAGUGCCAAGAUAUAUGUAACACUACCACUGUGACUAAAUUUAUGACAGCAUAUUCAGUUGUUUUUUUUUCACUUUUGGGUAUGGAAGUAUUGUUUUAGGUGGCUGAUCUGUAAGUCUGUGUAUCUGUUUGUCUGGACAAAGUACAUGUAGGUUAACAGCAU